AUUUGUUUUCUGACAAAAGUGUUACACGUGUUUUUCAUCGCAUGUGUUUUAGAGAAAUAUUAUUUAAAUAUUUAUUUAAUUCUUAGAAUUUAAGAAGUAUUUAUUUAUCAGUUUUUUAUUAACAAAAUCAGUAAAAAGAAAAGAGUGAGUUUUAUAAUAUUUAGAAACAAACUAGUUGUUUGUUGUGUAUAUUGCCAGGAUGGCAAAAACAGAAGAAAUUUUAGGAUUUGCAAAUCCUGAGGAAUUUGAAGACGAUGAUGAUGAGGUGGUUAACACAAAGAAAAAAGUCGGAAAAAAAUCCGGUGGUUUUCAAGCAAUGGGACUGAGUCAAACAGUUUUAAAUGGAAUUUUGAAACGAGGUUAUAAAAUUCCAACGCCAAUUCAACGAAAGACAAUUCCAUUGGCCCUUGAAGGUCGAGAUGUUGUGGCGAUGGCAAGAACUGGAAGUGGAAAAACUGCCUGUUUUUUGAUUCCACUUUUUGAAAAGCUAAAAAUUCGUCAAGCAAAAAGCGGUGCCAGGGCUUUAAUUCUUUCACCAACUCGUGAAUUGGCACUACAAACUCUUCGAUUUAUAAAAGAAAUUGGAAAAUUUACUGGAUUAAAAGCUGCAGUUGUUUUGGGUGGUGACAGUAUGGACAAUCAAUUUUCGGCAAUUCAUGGCAGUCCUGACAUUAUUGUCGCAACUCCCGGUCGAUUUUUACACAUUUGCGUUGAAAUGGAUCUCAAUUUGAAGAGCAUUUCCUACGUCGUUUUCGACGAGGCUGAUCGAUUAUUCGAGAUGGGAUUUGGAGAACAAAUCCAUGAAAUAGCCAAUAGACUACCUCAAAAUCGGCAGACGCUUUUAUUUUCUGCAACAUUGCCAAAAGUUCUUGUUGAAUUUGCAAAAGCUGGUUUGGGUGAUCCAGUUCUUUUGCGUCUUGAUGUCGAGAGCAAACUUCCAGAGGAAUUGACACUUUCCUUUGUAACGUGCCGUCCAGAAGAGAAAUUAGCCGUUCUUCUUUGCUUAUUGAAAAAUAUCAUAAAACCAGAUUCACAAACUGUCAUUUUUGCAGCUACAAUGCAUCAUGUCGACUAUAUUCAUCAGAUUUUAAACAAAGCUAAUAUUUCCAAUACCUACAUUUAUUCGAACCUUGAUCCUUCGGCUCGGAAAAUUAAUGCGGCAAAGUUUCAAACUGGAAAAGUAAAAGUUUUAGUUGUAACAGAUGUUGCAGCAAGAGGAAUCGACAUUCCCCAUUUGGAUUAUGUUAUAAAUUUUCAUUUUCCUGAUAAGAGUAAAGUCUUUGUACAUAGGGUUGGACGUUGUGCUCGAGCAGGAAGAACUGGAACUGCUUACAAUAUUAUUUGUCCUGAUGAAUACGCAUAUCUUUUGGACUUGCAUCUUUUUUUGGGACGUCCAUUUCACAUUGUUCCAAGUGCAGGAAGUGAUGAUGCUCCUGAGGGGGCAGUAGGAAAAAUGCCCCAGUCAAUGAUUGAGGAACAAGUUUCUGAACUUAUUACUUGGCACGAUAACACAACAGAUCUUGAAAAUAUGGAGAAUGUUUGUAAAAACGCCUAUCAACAAUAUUUGCGAUCCAGACCUGCUGCUUCAACCGAAAGUGUGAAACGUGUAAAAAAUUUACAUAUCAUCGAAGCAGGAAUUAGUCCUGAAUUUUGUGAUAUUAAGACGAGAGAUGCGGAGAAUUCACUAGCGAAUAUUUUAUCUCGGAUGAAGAAUUACAGACCUCCAGGUACGGUGUUUGAAGUAUGCAGCAGAAACACAGCAACCGAUUACAAAGUGAUGAAAAGCAAACGAGCAUUUCAUAAAGAGAGUAUUCGAGAUUUUCAUCGAAAAAAAGAAGAAAGAGAAAACGACGCAUUGAAAUGCGUUGGAAAUUCCACUAAAAUAUCAACACUUCCAACUAGCAGUGCCGAUGAAAUAAAAGACACCUUCAAUGAAGUGAUUACUCCAAAGAAAAGAAAAGUAGACGAUCUCUAUAAACCUUCGAAAAAGAAAAAGAAAGUGACGCGAGACGAUGAAUUUUAUAUUCCAUACAGUGCUCCCGAUAAACACACAGAAGAUGGAUUGGCUGUUAAUGUAUUCGCCAAAGAUGCAGAAAGAAUGCAAUUAGAUUUGACGGGAGACAGUGAAGAAUCCAGAAGGUUACAGACACAAAUAAAGAAAUGGGAUCGAAAAAAGAAGAAGAUGGUGACGAUAAAUAAUGAUUCCAAAAUUGGAAAAAUACGAUCGGAAUCUGGAGCUUGGAUUCCUGCAUCGUACAAAACAAAUCGUUACUCACAAUGGAAGGAAAAGAGCAAAAUUGGCUCUUUAAAUGAUGACAAUGACGACGAAGAAGAAUCACCUCAAAUUCAAAAAUUGAAAACCGGAGCAAAUACACAUUGGGCUCGGCAUAAUCAGAAAAUGAAGGAUAAGGUCAAGGGCAGAGGUGAACUGAAGAGACCAGAACAAAUUUUGAAGGCUCGUAAACUACUCGAGAGAAAACAAAAUAGAAAUGGCAGGAAAAAGGGAAAAGGCAAGAAGGGUGGUCAUAAAAAAGGUGGAAGACGAUAAAUUUUCAAAAAGAGAAUUGUUGUAGGGCUUUGAAAGAAAAUGAGAGUUUGAUUACGUCAAUGGUCUUUCAUAAGAGAGGUGCGAAGACUCUCGUAUUAUAUUUUCAAGAGUGUAUCUAGAUGUUGAUAAAAAGAAUAGAAUACAAUGGAUUGAUAGUGUUAAGAGGACAAGGUCUUUCGAUAUUUUGCACAAAGGAUCUUUGAUAUACCCAUAUAUUAUAAUGUUAGGCUAGGACGAUAUGAUAUAUAUUAAUUUGUCGCAUUUAAUUAAAGGCAUAUAUUUAUAAUUUACGUUUUUAGAUGUUUUUCACAUUCUUCUUUUUCUUUCUUUUUUUUUUUUUUUUUUGUUAAAUAGACACUUUUAUGACUUCAUGUCACGAGAUUUUCGUAAUGCAAGUUCUUUUUAGUCUUCGUUUGAAAAGACGGAAUAUAUAAAGCAAAGUCGUAUUUUUUAGCACAACAGCGAAAGUCUUUCAGAAUAAACACUUUCACGUUAUGAAUAUAAAUAAUCUCAUAAAGCCUUUUGUAUUUUUUUUACAAGUUAUUGUUUAUUUAAUCUUUUGUAUGAAAGUCGUUUAUUUAAAUAAUUUUUUUCUCCCAAUU